AUGAACUUCCUUAAUGAUAUCGGCGUGCAACUUGACGAAGUCACCUGUCUCGCCAUCGCGGAGCUUCUUCAAUCCCCCUCAAUGGGCGAGUUUACGCGCGAAGAGUGGAAGCGUGGAAUGGCGGGUGCUCGAUGCGACACAAUUCCCCUAAUUACUGAGCACGCCAAGAAGCUCCGGGAGAGAAUUCCCCGGGAGCCAGAGUUGUUCCGUCGGGUAUACAGAUAUACAUUCCCGCUCUCAAGGAUGCAAGGGCAGCGGAACCUCCAGUUUGAGAUUGCGGCUGAUCAAUGGAAUCUGUUUUUCACACCCGACCACGGCGGUGUGGCUUGGAACACGGAAACGACGCCCUGGCUGGAUUGGUGGAUUGAGUUCCUCGAGGGCCGGGGGAAGAAGCCUGUGAACAAGGAUCUGUGGGAGCAGGUUGAAGUUUUCAUGCGCAAGAGUCUGGAGGAUGAGGAGAUGAAGUGGUGGAGUCCUGAUGGGGCCUGGCCUGGGGCACUGGAUGACUUUGUUGCCUAUGUGCAGGCGAAGAGAGGCAAGGGCUCUGAAAUGGAAGUCGAGUAG